AUGCAUUUUUCCAACUCUUUUAGGAGCUACAGAAAAGGGGCACAUGAUGAUGAUAAAAUACCGCAUAUCAAAAAGAAAAAUGGGAUUGAGAGGUGGCACAGAGCUGUGUCUACUAACUGACUGAAAUAAAAUCUCCUGAUACCCAAAGAUGACGACUCCUCCAGUGGAAGUGACUCAGGUUGUCUUGAAAUCUGUGAAAAUGAGAAAAAAGGUUUUAUGACGCAUAUGAGGACAACAAUGGGGAAAAAUGCUUCCGUUCUAUCGAAGAACAUAUUAAAAAACUCAAACUACAUGAUGACGGCCUUAGGAUUUCCAAAAAUGAAAACAUGGAAACUUUCUCAGAAUGCAACCAUCCAGCUGGAUGUGAACGUCCUGGAGGAACAAGCAGAGAGGUUAACUGGGGAAAACACGGUUGUGAGAGCAAGGCAAACCAGGAGACACUUGUCGGUGACAUCUCUGACAGCUGAACUCCAAACGAAAACAGGAUUGGACUUUGACAGCACCAGAUCCAGCCCAUCUCAACUAACUUCCUCUCUCUUCUCCAAAAAGGACAGUUACUACCAUCUAAGACUGCCAAACGAAGUUCCUUGUUUGUCAAAAAAGAGGGGAAACUUUCUAGGCCUCAAAAAGAAGAAAAAGAAUGAGCGGACGCUGCCGUAUCAUUCAGGUGUGACAGCUGGAAAGCUUCAAAUGCAGGUGGAUGAUCGCUUAGAAAAAGUAACUGAAAAGUCCAUAGAUUUACUGACCCAGAAACAUGCAGAAUUCCAGCAGUGAGAGUUUCUGGGAGAGGAGAUACUUCAAUCAUCUAAGCAUUUUCAAUUGGCUUCUAAAAGAACCAUGAAGACAUAUAAACUAAAACAUAUGCAUUUCCCAUGCACAUGCUGUUGCUUAGACCCUUUUUAA